UGAUGCAAUGCAUGACGGAACAUUCCAAAAUGGCGCCGCCCGUGCCGCAACACUGAGGUGGUUCCUGUGCUGGUUUUCUCGAAAUUGGUUGACGCAGGCCCAAGAAUGGAGCUGUACACACCGGCCCUGGGACUGGUUGGGGAAGAUGAAGAAAGCGAUUUGAGCGACUGGAACUUGCCGUCUGCUUUCAUGAAGAAGCGGCAUUGUGAGAAGAUCGAAGGCUGCAAGUCCCUGGCACAGAGUUGGAGGAUGAAGGACCGGAUGAAGACCGUGAGUGUGGCUCUGGUGUUGUGCUUAAAUGUAGGAGUGGACCCCCCAGAUGUAGUGAAGACCACGCCAUGUGCUCGCUUGGAGUGCUGGAUAGAUCCACUGGCUAUGGGUCCACAGAAAGCCCUGGAAACCAUUGGCGCAAACUUACAAAAGCAGUAUGAAAAUUGGCAACCACGGGCUAGGUACAAACAGAGUCUGGAUCCAACUGUGGAUGAGGUGAAAAAACUCUGCACUUCUCUGAGAAGGAAUGCAAAGGAGGAAAGAGUGCUGUUCCAUUAUAAUGGGCAUGGUGUUCCCCGACCUACAGUCAAUGGAGAAAUCUGGGUGUUCAAUAAGAAUUACACACAGUAUAUUCCCCUUUCUAUAUAUGACCUGCAGACCUGGAUGGGAAGUCCGUCUAUCUUUGUGUAUGACUGCUCAAACGCAGGCCUCAUUGUCAAGUCCUUCAAGCAAUUUGCACUACAGAGGGAGCAGGAGCUUGAGGUUGCUGCUAUUAACCCCAGCCAUCCAUUAGCGCAGAUGCCUUUGCCACCGUCAAUGAAGAAUUGCAUCCAGUUGGCAGCUUGUGAUGCAGCUGAACUUCUGCCUAUGAACCCUGAUCUUCCUGCUGACCUUUUUACUUCUUGCUUGACCACACCAAUUAAGAUUGCCCUGAGAUGGUUUUGUAUGCAGAAAAGUGUGAGAUUGGUGCCUGGCGUUACUCUGGAUCUUAUAGAGAAAAUCCCUGGGCGAUUAAAUGAUAGAAGAACACCACUGGGAGAGCUGAACUGGAUUUUUACAGCAAUUACAGAUACCAUAGCAUGGAAUGUUCUGCCUAGAGACCUAUUUCAGAAGCUUUUUAGACAAGACCUGUUGGUUGCCAGCCUCUUCCGAAACUUUCUGCUGGCAGAGAGGAUAAUGAGAUCAUACAAUUGCACCCCAGUGAGCAGUCCUCGCUUGCCACCCACCUACAUGCAUGCUAUGUGGCAGGCUUGGGAUCUUGCUGUCGAUAUAUGUCUUUCUCAGUUACCCACCAUUAUUGAGGAGGGAACUGCAUUCCGGCACAGCCCUUUCUUUGCUGAGCAACUGACCGCAUUUCAAGUCUGGUUGACCAUGGGUGUAGAGAACAGAAACCCGCCAGAACAGUUGCCCAUUGUCCUGCAGGUGUUGUUGAGCCAGGUUCAUAGACUUCGAGCCUUGGACCUCUUGGGAAGAUUCUUGGACCUGGGUCCCUGGGCUGUCAGUUUGGCCCUCUCUGUUGGUAUUUUCCCCUAUGUGCUGAAGCUGCUACAAAGUUCUGCUCGGGAACUCAGACCACUGCUUGUCUUCAUUUGGGCCAAGAUCCUUGCUGUUGAUAGUUCUUGCCAAGCAGACUUAGUGAAAGAUUAUGGUCAUAAAUAUUUCCUUUCUGUUCUGGCGGAUCCAUAUAUGCCGGCCGAGCACCGUACAAUGACCUCCUUCAUUUUAGCAGUAAUUGUAAACAAUUAUAACACUGGACAGGAAGCCUGCCUCCAGGGGAACCUGAUUGCUAUCUGCUUGGAGCAGCUAAAUGAUCCACACCCUCUCCUACGCCAGUGGGUUGCUAUCUGCCUGGGGCGCAUCUGGCAGAAUUAUGAUGCUGCGCGAUGGUGUGGGGUGCGAGACAGUGCCCAUGAGAAGUUGUACAGCCUCUUGUCUGACCCCAUGCCUGAGGUCCGCAGUGCUGCAGUUUUUGCCCUUGGCACCUUCGUUGGGAAUUCAGCUGAGAGAACAGAUCACUCAACAACAAUAGAUCACAAUGUUGCUAUGAUGUUAGCACAGCUUAUCAAUGAUGGAAGUCCUAUAGUGCGCAAGGAACUUGUUGUGGCUCUCAGUCACCUGGUUGUACAGUAUGAGAGCAACUUCUGUACAGUUGCUCUCCAGUUUAUGGAGGAAGAGAAGAACUACCCCCUACCCUCACCAGCUUCCACAGAGGGAGGCAGUUUGACGCCAGUACGAGAUAGCCCUGGAACACCCCGCCUGCGAUCUGUGAGCUCCUAUGGCAAUAUCCGGGCAGUGACAACUCCAAGAAACCUCAACAAGUCUCUGCAAAAUCUAAGCCUGAGUGAAGAGAGUAAGACUGCUGGGAGUGCCAUAACAUUUUCUCCUGGAAAUCUAAGUACAAGCAGCAGUGCAAGCAGUACUUUGGGAAGCCCAGAUAAUGAAGAGUACAUAUUGUCCUUUGAGACCAUUGAUAAAAUGAGGCGUGUUAGUUCGUACUCCUCUCUUAAUUCCCUCAUAGGUGUCUCGUUCAAUAGUGUUUACACUCAGAUUUGGAGAGUGCUUCUCCACCUUGCAGCUGACCCAUACCCUGAAGUUUCAGACCUUGCAAUGAAAGUGUUAAACAGCAUUGCACAUAAGGCUACAGUGAAUGCUCGCCCACAGCGGAUCCUUGAUGCUUCUUCACUCACUCAGUCUGCUCCGGCCAGUCCCACCAACAAAGGGAUGCACAUUCACCAAGUGGGAGGUUCACCUCCGACUCCCAGCGCAAGCAGUUCCAGUCUCACCAAUGAUGUAACAAAACCACCUGUCAAUAGGGAUAUUCCCUCCAAUCGACCUGCCAAUGUUGGGGGAAAUAUAGGGGUGCAGUACACUCCUCAUUCCCAUCAGUUUCCCCGUACCAGGAAAAUGUUUGACAAAGGACCAGAUCAGGCUGCAGAUGAUGGAGAUGAAGCUAUUGUGCACAAGAACUUUGCUGUAGGAUCUUUUCAGACAGGCUUUUGUGAUUGGAGUGCCAAAUAUUUUGCCCAGCCAGUCAUGAAGAUGCCAGAGGAACACGAUGUGGAAAGUCAGAUACGUAAAGAACGUGAGUGGCGCUUUUUACGAAAUGCAAGGGUCCGAAUACAGGCCCAGCGUAUUAUACAGAAAGGAAUCUCACGACUAGAUGACCAGAUCUUUAUCAACCGGAAUCCAGGAGUUCCUUCUGUUGUAAAGUUCCAUCCUUUUACCUCAAGCAUUGCAGUAGCAGACAAGGACAGCAUUUGUUUCUGGGACUGGGAGAAAGGGGAGAAACUGGACUACUUCCAUAAUGGUAACCCUCGUUAUACCCGAAUAACAGCAGUCGAAUACCUAAAUGGCCAAGAUUGCUCUUUGCUGCUCACUGCUACAGAUGAUGGAGCCAUCCGCAUAUGGAAGAACUUUGCUGACUUAGAGAAAAAUCCAGAGAUGGUUACAGCUUGGCAGGGAUUGUCUGAUAUGCUGCCCACCACACGAGGCCUGGCCCGAAGAGUUUCCAUUUAUCUUGACAGGAAUAAACAGGGGGGAGCUGGUAUGGUGGUUGAUUGGGAGCAAGAAACAGGACUUCUCAUCACAUCUGGAGAUGUAAGAGUCAUCCGGCUAUGGGAUACAGACCGAGAGAUGAAAGUGCAGGACAUACCCACUGGAGCAGACAGUUGUGUGACCAGCCUGUCAUGUGACUCUAAUCGUUCCCUUAUUGUGGCUGGACUCGGAGAUGGUUCUGUGCGUGUGUUUGACCGCAGGAUGGCGCUGAAUGACUGCCGUGUGAUGACAUACCGAGAACACUCAGCCUGGGUCAUAAAGACUUAUCUCCAAAAGCAGUCAGAUGGGAAUAUUGUGAGCGUCAGUGUGAAUGGAGAUAUCCGUUACUUCGACCUUCGUAUGCCUGAAUGUUUAAACACCCUGCAGAUUGUAAAGGGUCUUACUGCAUUGGAUAUCCAUCCACAGGCGAACUUAUUUGCAUGUGGCUCAAUGAACCAGUUCAUUGCUAUUUACAAUGCAAAUGGAGAGCUGAUCAGCAACAUAAAAUACUACGAUGGAUUUAUGGGACAGAGAAUAGGAGCCAUUAGCUGCCUGGCCUUCCAUCCUCACUGGCCCCACCUGGCCGUUGGCAGUAACGACUAUUACAUGUCUAUUUACUCAGUGGAAAAGCGAGUGAGAUAGCUGUUUGGUGAAGAUGUAAGGACCCCUCCUAUUGGCCUUCACCCAUUGCUUUGUAUAUAAGUGAAUCAUGGCCUCGAGUGAUUUAAUUGCUGCUUCUCAGAAAAUGAAGAAAACUACUUUGAAUGGACUGAGCUAAGAACCAAUGACAUGACAAUACAAGGCUUUUUUACUGCCUGCCUGCUGCCUCGUUUCAAUGCAGAAUAACAGAUUACUCUGAGGUUGUGAGGGCAUCUGAACUUGCUAUGCUCUUGAUAUUGGGAUGAAAGAUAAUAGGCUUUUAGCUGUGAUUUAAUAGUUUAAACCCCCUUCCUUUCAUUGACAACUACUCCACUGUCUCCUGUUUUAGACUUUGUUUGUCCUGUUUGACAGGAUUCUUUAAAAUGCAUAUCAUCUGCUUGGAAAAGAGUGGGCCCUACUCCAACCUAUAAGGCUAAAUAAUUCCGUCCUCAGCGGGUGCAACAUACUGCGUUUCUUUGUGCAGAAAUUGUGUUAUAGGAGUAAACUAAUACAACAAAAAAGCAGGAAUUACUGGGCAGUUUUAUCAAAGGUUGAAUUUCGAAUUUAUGUGAAUUUUUUUUUUAUUCUAAUAAAUUCGAAUAUACUCACAACUUGAAUGGGAGGUUAUUUAAGAAAAAAACAGAACGUCUAAAACUAGAAAGAAUAUUAACGACCUGAAAACUCAAAUCGAAUUCAAAACAAAUUAGACUAAACUUGAAUUGAGUUUUUUCUCCUCUAAUGUCGAAUGUCAGGAAGGCUAGUAACAUCUUCAAAUGGGUCGCUGGACCUCUGCCAUUGACUAGUAUAUGAACUAGGCAAGUUUUAGGUGGCAAAUAGUCAAAUUCGAGUUUUUCCUAGGGUCAUGAUAUUAUAAAUCUCGAUUCAAGUUUGGAUUAUUCCCAACUGGAAUUUGUGAGUUUUGACCAAAACUCCAACUCGAAAAAUUGAAUUGGAAUUCAAAUUUACAAUACAAACCUUAAUAAAUCUGCCCCAUAAUCUCUGGUGUUUUAUGGUUGGGCAAUUUGCAGAUGUUCUUCAUGUUAGACAUUCUCUACGAUGACUAGGAUAUUACUCGUAGCACUUAUUUGCUCUUCACCCCAAUUAGCUAAAGAAAUAGGUGAACAUUUUUUAAAGGGCAAAUUGUUUAUUAUUCUAUAAAGAAGUAUUUCCGUGACAUUUGCUAUAAAAGGGAGAAAUCGUGCAAUUCUUUCUGUAAAUAUGCCUUUGGGAUUUCUGUUUCUCCUGGUACAAAUUCCACAGAUACAUAAAGCCCAGAGAUCUGCAGUGUUUGCUUUAUUAUUUGAAAAAGUAGAAUAGAUUCCAGCUCAUUCAACAUUUUUAGCAAUAAGACCCAUUUUAUUCAAACGAUGGUUACUAUAUAGAACAUCCAUGCAUUGCAAGGGCAUUUCUUCAUCUCAGAUGGACAGUUAAACAUUGUGAAUAAUCUUGUCAUCCAUUGCUAGAUAUGUUCUGAAGCUUCUUUUUUCACAAUAAACCUGUUAACUUUGCCCUGAUGGAGGAUGGAAAGAAGAAAGUCUCCUAACCUGUGUGGUGGGAAUGUCAUGUAAUGAAGCACUCUGUGGAGGUCAGCACAGCACAUUCUUUAUAGACUCAGUCAUUCUUUGUACUGCUCAGUUCAUUUACAGAAUUCUAUUGUUUAUAAGAUAUAAAUAUAAAAUAUAUAUAUUGGGCGUGUGUAUGUCAGUGCUGUGUACUGACACCAAAACAGUGGGAAGCAUUGACCCCAUUUAGGCAAUAGGGACCAGGUGCCAUGUAGAGCUAAACCCUCUGUUGCAGGUUGGGGUAUUGAUGUUUACACUAUUUUAACUCGGAUUCUGUGGUUUUAAAAGAAGGGAAAGGAAGGUUUUCAGAAUUUCUACCUUUAUCUUCCCAUAGAGAGUUUAAUGGCAGCAGUGUUUUCCUGCUAUGUAAGAUAUAGAACAGAGGGAUGUACCAUUUAGAAGUACUAUGGGAGUGGGGCUAUCCAGAGGUAAACCCUGAAAUGGCAGUCUUCUAUGAACUGAAUGAAUUGCAGACAGAUUUUAACACCACGAGCAGAGGAGAGAAUGUUGUAUCUUCUGCAUACCUACAGGAAACUGGAGUACUUUAUUAAAUAUUAAUGAACUUGAAA